AAAAGAUAGUGUUGCAUAGAAGAACUCCACAGUUUUCAGGAAGAUUUCACAGACUGAGGAUACCAAACCUGCCGCAAGAAUGAUACAAGGUUUACACUUUGCAAGCAGCAGGAAAUAUAUUCUCCUCAACAUUUUCCUCUUCCUCCUAAUUCCAAAAUUUAACAAGAGCAUUUUAUUGAGCUACAACUGCGGAUCAGAUUACAGAAUCCCAGAGUACACAGACAUCUCUGUGGAUUGUGGAACAGAGUACAUCAGUUUGGCCAUCAGAUUCUGUCCUGUUGUUUUCUCCGGCUACAACGAAUCUCAGUUAAUCCUCAACAGUGUUGUGAAUGAUCCAGAUUGCGAAGGGAUCGUCGACACUUCUGCUUCACCUCCAGUUGUUCGAUAUAUAUUCCCGAUUAAUUCCACCAAUAACUGUGGCAGUAACUUUGUUACAUACAGAGGUGCAGGCACGGGACAGUUCUCAGAUUUCUCCAACAUCGAGACGGUCAACAUCAGCGGAAUUGUGCGAUCACAUGAUAUCACAACCAGCACCGUGACCUACAAACUUCAGCUGAGAUACUACUACUCGUGCUCCUAUCCUCUUGAGUACCUAAUCAACAACACUCAGAUUGACGUGUUGGGCACUUCGAUAGCAGUAAAAGACAGCAAUGGCAGUUUCAUCAGCACUCUGAGUCUCAAACUCUUCAGAGACUUAAACUACACCCAGCCUCUUAUAAUUCCAUCGCAUGGUAUCCAGCUGAAGACGAAUGUGUUUGUACAAGUAGAAGCCACCAACUUGACCUCUAAUUACUUCCUGCUGUUGGACAGAUGCUUUGCCUCCGUUUCUAACAAACCCGUCACCAAAACCUUCUAUGACCUCUUUCUGGCUUGUGGGAUGAAUCGACUCACUAAAAUGCUGACGAAUGGUGAGAUGCAAGUCGCUCGUUUCUCGUUUCCAGCCUUCCGCUUUACAGAACAGUACAACCAGUCGGUGUCCACAUACUAUCUGCACUGCAUCACGAGACUGUGUGAAAUCACCACCUGCGCUGCAUACAGGCAAUGUGGCAAAAGAAAAAAGAGAGAAGAUGUGCCCGCCAGCAAUCCUCCAAAUGGAGUCACAGACGCCACCACAAUCACGUCACCAGCCAUCAUCAUACAAGCAGACAACGUGGUGGCAACAAAAGAGGAGGAUGUGACAAUCAGCACGAAACAGCCUUUAGACUCCUCCGUGGGUAUCGGUGUGGCUGUGUGCAUCCUGGCAUUCUCCUGCAUCAUGAUCAUAGUAAUAGGAGCAAUUUUCUACAAAAGACACUGGGACAACAAACAUUCAAAAACGCCGGCAGUGAGCUGAAAUUCAUGCUCCAAUGAAGGACAAUCAGCCCCUUUUUGACCAACCCGUCGCUGAAGGAGGGCUGAGCUUAUAUACAUAUAUACAUAUAU